CCUAGGACCGCGAGUCCACGCAUCUUCGUAGCUGUGACGUCAUUUUCCUGCGACUAAGCGGCCUGGGGCUCCGUGCUGUAGCCUCUCUCCCGCGUGAAAAUCUAGAGCCGGUCUUUCUGUGUGGCCUCUGACCUGGGAGCUAAGGGAAAACGGCGAGAUGACUGACCGCUACACCAUCCACAGCCAACUGGAGCACCUGCAGUCCAAGUACAUCGGCACGGGCCACGCCGAUACCACCAAGUGGGAGUGGCUGGUCAACCAGCACCGCGACUCCUAUUGCUCCUACAUGGGCCACUUCGACCUUCUCAACUACUUCGCCAUUGCGGAGAAUGAGAGCAAAGCUCGAGUCCGCUUCAACUUGAUGGAGAAGAUGCUGCAGCCUUGCGGACCGCCGGCCGACAAGCCGGAGGAGAACUGAGACCCUCGUUCUGUCACUGCUGUGCGGGAGCCUGUCCUGAGUUCCUCCCGUUUGCCGUCAUUCCCGCGUGUUCCUGCCCCAAGUGGACCGAUUCUCCAUUGCUCCUGUUUCUCGUGCCUUCUCUGUACAGAAGGGCUUACCUGGGGGCGACCCGCCUGACCUGCCUUCCUGUGGACCCUUCGGAACACAGCAUUGGGAGACCGUCGGGACCCCGGAGAACUGAGACGGUGGAGACAUCCUAAAGCCAGCAACAGAGGAGAGACGGCAUUGGAAUGAGACGGGAUUUGGAGGCUUCCGUUUUGGCUAGUUGAUUGUCGUCUUUGAUUUUUCCAUAAAGUUUAGAAAUUUUUCAGCC